ACAGGCGCGCUCGCCGCCACAGUAUUCAUCUCGACCGAAAUGAGCAGCACCACCAAGACCAAGGCCGAAGCGAAGAAGAACGAAGGCAACGAGUUCUUCAAGAAGGGCAAGUUCGCGGAAGCCAUCGAAAAGUACUCGGACGCGAUUACGUUGGACCCUACCAACCACGUGUACUACUCCAACCGAAGCGCGGCGUUCCUCGGCCAACUUCACUACCAAGACGCGGCGGACGAUGGCGAAAAGUGUGUCACGUUGAACCCUCAAUUCGUCAAAGGAUACCAUCGUUAUGCGUUGGGGUUGAAGGGCAUCAAGCAGUAUGCGAAAGCUCUCGAAGUGUUGAAGGCCGGCCAAAAGGUCGACUUUGACAACAAGGACUUGAACCGCCUCAUCAACGAGAUCGAACCGUUGCUGGCCAAGGUGGAGCACGCUCGUCGCUCGGGGUUAAACCCGUCGGAGCAGCUCAAGGAGCAAGGAAACGACUUGUUCAAGGCCGCGUCGUUCGAAAAGGCCAUCGAAGUGUACGGGGAAGCGAUCAACGCAUGUGAAAAGGACAACUCGCCCGUGGCCAUCUCGUGCUACAACAACCGCGCCGCGUGCCACCAGCAACUGAGCAACUUUUCCGCCGUCAUCCGCGACUGCUCGCACGUGUUGGAGUACGACCCGGAGAACCAAAAGGCGUUGUUGCGACGCGGACUCGCGUAUGAAGGCCUCGAGCGGUACCGUCUGGCGCUGCAGGACAUUCGCGCUGUGCUGGCGCUGAACCCGUCAAUUGACAUUGCCAACAAGGCGCAGCAUCGUCUUGGCGCCGCCGUGCGUUCCCUCAAAGAAGAUAAGUAAAUGCUACCGUGGUGCGUUCGAUCCAUGUGCUUGCAUGUAAGACACUCAAGAACAACCCUGGCAAGUAAUUCACUUUCUCGAGAUGAUAGUGGUACUCGUGUAAGCAUAUCAACAACACACACAUGUGUAAGCAAUAUUGUCAAAUCGAUUCGAGCCUUCAGCAGAAUCAAAUGUGUCUUGGGAGAAUCGAUUAAAGAACCGCCUGAGCUAAUCAA